GGUACCGGGGGGUACCGGCGGUCCCGGCGGCCUCGCAGCCCUUUGUGUCCCCCAGGAUGGCGGCGUGGGCGCUGCUGGCGCUGCUGGCUCUGGCUCCGGCGGCCGCAGGGGGAAUGCUCAGCUUUGCCUCCUACUAUGGUGACCACAUGGUGCUGCAGAAGAAGCCAUCAGGGGCUGUGGUGUGGGGCCAUGGGGACCUGGGGGCCGUGGUCACUGUGACUCUCUCAGGGGCUGGUGGCCUCAUCGUCAUGGAGAAAACAGCUCACGUCAAAGGGCCUUCUGGGACAUGGACAACUGUCCUGGACCCRAUGAAUGCGGGUGGUCCCUAUGCACUGACAGCUGAGCAGGGCWGGGAGAAUGUGACACUGCGGGACAUCUACUUUGGAGAUGUGUGGCUUUGCAGUGGGCAGAGCAACAUGGCAAUGACAGUCCUGCAGGUGGCCAACGCCAGCCAGGAGCUCGCCGCUGCCACUCGUUACCCCUAUGUCCGGAUCUUUGCUGCGACACCUUCCCGCUCCAAUGUGGAGCUGCAGGACCUGGAGCGGAUCGACUUGCCAUGGUCCAUUCCCACAGCUGAAAACCUGGGCCAUGGGAAUUUCACCUACUUCUCGGCCGUCUGCUGGCUGUUUGGGCGCUCCCUGUAUGAGGCUCUGGGGUCCCCCAUCGGGCUGGUGGAGGUGGCCUGGGGGGGGACCCCCAUCGAGGCCUGGUCCUCCCGCCGGGUUCUGCAGGCCUGUGGGCUCCCGGAGGACAYGGGGAGCAUCUCCCCACAUCAGCAUCUCUCUGGCCCACAAACGCCCUCUGUGCUCUGGAACGCCAUGAUCCACCCGCUGCUCAACAUGACCCUGCGGGGCGUUGUUUGGUACCAGGGUGAGGCCAAUGCGUUCCUGAACACAGACCAGUACAACUGCACCUUCCCYGCACUCAUCGCCGACUGGCGCCGGGCUUUCCACGCUGGAUCAGCCGGACAGACGGAACCGCUUCUCCCCUUUGGCUUCGUGCAGCUGUCCACCUACCGCCGUCAGAGUGUGGAUGACAGCUUCGCCCGGCUCCGCUGGCACCAAACCGCUGACCUGGGGGUGGUUCCCAAUGCCAGGAUGCCCAGCACUUUCAUGGCUGUAGCCAUGGAUCUGGGUGAUGAACACUCUCCCUAUGGCAGUAUCCACCCCCGGGACAAGCAGAAUGUGGCGCACCGGCUGCUGCUGGGUGCCAGGGCUGUAGCGUACGGGGACAAGGACCUCGUGUUCCAGGGACCAUAUCCCACCCGGGCUAUCCUGGAGGUGACCCGGGGGCUGCUGAAUGUCACCUACAGCCAGGAGCUCAUCUGCCGUCAGAGGGACAUGCAGGCAUUUGAGGUGUGCUGCUCCAGCCAGGCAUCCCCGUGCCGGUGGCUGCCAGCACCAGUGGUGGCAGUGGGGUUCCGCACGGUGACACUGGCCCUGAGUGGCUGYGGGACGCUGCUGCUGGGCCUGCGCUAUGCCUGGGCCGAGUGGCCCUGUGAGUACCAGGCCUGCCCCCUCUAUAACCCCCAGGGGUUGCCUGCACCCUCCUUCCUGCUGGACACCCUCCCUGCAGGGAACGCUGCUGGAGGGACGGAGCUGCUGCUCCUCCCCGGUUCCAGGUUCCCCCUAAAUUAGGGAGAYGAGUGAGCUCAGGCCUCUGGCAAAGCACUCGUGGCUCCUGACACUGUCCCUUCCCCAGCCAGGGAGCAGAGGCUUGAUUACUACCUUAUUAAUUAAACAACUUUUCAGCUCCUCUUUGGACUCAAACCAAGGCUAUUGGAGUGCCAAUUUACAAUUUAGUAUAUGAAAAAUUAUAUAAGGAGAAGCAGCAGGACACACCAAUGGGAGCUGAACCCCUCACUGCUGCUCCCUUGCCUGUGGAGSUGGUCCUGGCUCYCCAGACCCCCCAUUUCUCUGGGCAUGGACUGCUGAUCUCCCGGGCAGGGUUAUGACAGGAUCCAGGGUGGAGAGGGGGAGAGAGGAGCUCUGCCAAAAACCCACAGCCAAACACUAAGGCUGGGCUGAGACAGGGAGCUGUGGUGAGCCACAAGUGCCAUCCACCUCCCUCUCUUAAUAAAUAGUUAAA